CGGCAGAGCUCGGCUUGGCGGGGCGGCGGCCAUGGCCAGUGCCGCCCCGGUCCCUGCGCUCGGUGAGGCGUUGCCGCCGCUGCCCAUUCUCCCCUCCCCGCCCCGCCGGCCUUUGGACCCCGGGCGCGGCAACCCCAGCCCCGCGGGGAACGGGAGGCGAGCGGCGGCCGGCACUGGGGGGUGAGGAGCAGCUCUCCCAACCCCCGAGGCAUGGCCGCCCCGCAGUUCACCGAGAGCACCAUCACGGUGGAAGGCCAAACCCUCUUCUACCGCCAAGCCCAGCCAGCCCAGCAGGCACCGAAGCUGACGGUGCUGCUGCUGCAUGGCAUUCGCUUCUCCUCCGACACCUGGCUUCAGCUGCAGACACUUGCCACGCUGGCUGAAAACGGCUACCGAGCUGUGGCUAUCGACCUGCCGGGGCUGGGCCGCUCGAAGGAUGCUGUGGCCCCAGCACCUGUGGGCCAGCCAGCGCCGGGGACUUUCCUCAAAGCAGUUUUGGAAGCUCUGUGCCUGGGUCCAGCUGUGGUGAUCAGCCCAUCGCUCAGCGGCAUGUACUCCCUGCCCUUCCUCCUCCAGCACAACCACCUGCUCAAGGCAUAUGUGCCUGUGGCACCCAUCUGCACCGAGAAAUUCACCGCGGAGCAGUAUGCCCAGAUCAAAACGCCCACGUUGAUUGUGUACGGGGACCAGGACGUGGAGCUGGGGCAGACCAGCCUGAACAACCUGCGGCACCUCCCGGAGCACCGGGUGCUGGUGCUGCAGGGCGCCGGACAUGCCUGCUACCUGGACAAGCCCAACGAGUGGCACCGUGGGCUCCUGGCCUUCCUGCAGCAGCUGCAGUGAGCAGGACGGGCGGUGUGGAGGGGGCCACGGUGCUGGGGGAUGUGGCCAGCCCACCCACCCCUCCGCUUGUGCCAACCCAGCUGCUUGCCUGGCAUCCCUACCCAGCCUCCCUUGGGACCAAAUAAAACCCCAAGCUCUGCCACAACUUUCUUGUCA